GCGGACCUGCGCUUCCGUCGUGCCGAAGCCUGAGCUGGCGCCCGACAUCGACUGGGCCGAUCGGCUCAAGGACCGGUGCAUCUCGGACGACGGGUCGGAGGUGUCGACGCCGCUGCGGCUGGCGCUGGAGCAGAUCGAGGGCGGCCCCCCGCCCGUCGGAGUUGCGGCUUCGAUCGAGACCGCCGACCUGGCGACGGGCUUCGUCCGGGCAGCGCUGCUGGACCCCGGCCUCGUGACGCUGCCAGCGCGGCAACGGGGGCGCGCCGCGACCAGCGCCAGGGUCCGGGCCUCAGACGACGAGCGGCACGCGAUCGACGCGAUCGUGGAGGCGAUCUACGCCCGCGGCAUGGUCGGCCCCGUCGAGGAGGCGAAGGUGGCGACGCGCGACGGGCAGCCGCUGGUGAAUGGCGCCUUCGGCGUCGCCAAGGCGCACGACCCGUCCAUCGCGUGCAGGGGCGGCGUGGGCCGGCCCGUGCUGCGCCUGAUCGUCAGUCUCAUUCCGUCGAAAGCUUGUCAGAGGUGCAUCGCUAGCGAUGCGCCCGAGACGCCGACGAUGGGGCGGCUGCAGGGGCUGGUGCCGGCGCCGGGCGAGGAGCUGCUCUGGGGCGGCGCCGACAGGAAGGCCUUCUUCUACGUCUUCACGGCGCCGUCGCAGCCGCGGCCCCACGCGGCCUUGGGCCCGCUAGUGCCGGCCCGCCUGGUCGGGGGCAGCGGCGAAGCCCCGACCCGCGUCGCCCUCCGCGUGAUCGCCAUGGGCUGGAUCUCCGCCGUCGGCGUCACAACGCAUUUGCACGGGGCGCCGUGCCCCGCGGCCUGGUUCGUCUACAUCGACAACUUCGAGAUCGCCGAAGUCGUUACUCGCGAGGAGGCCGAGGUGCUGAAGGGCAGCGCGCCCGCCCGCCCAGCCGCGCGGGCGAGUGCCACGCGGCGGCUGGCUCGCCAGGGUCGCCAGGCAAGGGGCGUCUUCCGCCAGCCGCUGGUGGCGACCCUCGGCGAAAUCGACGGGGUCGGGGAGGCGCGCCGGUCGCCUCGGGGCUGCGCCGCGAAGCUGGCGAGCCGUGCCCUUUGGAUCCCAGCGAAGCGGCGCGCCAGCAGGAGGCUGAUGCAGAUCCUCUUCGGCCGCGGGGUGCACGUGCAGUGCUUCCGCCGGCCGCGAGCCGUCAACGCUCGGCGUUGGAUGGCGACGCCUCGGCCUGGCGGCUGGAUGGGCAUCGGCGCGGCGGAGGACCUCGUGAUGGCGAUUGCCUUGUCGGCAUUGUGCGUCGCCGACAUGCGGCUUGAGGUCGACGCCCUGGUCGCGGCCUUGGACACCUCCGAGACUGCCGGCGCG